AUGUCGGCGGAACAUUACGGGGUUUUAAGUGAAAAUAGCAGGAAAAAAGAUGGAUAUAAAAGUUUUGAUGGGAUUUCAUCUGGAGAUGGCAAUUCAGUGCGCGGCUUUUUGGUGGGAAUUUUGAAUUGUUUCCUUUGCCGCCGGGGUAGUGAUUCCGAUAAUUCGUUGGGAGGGGAAACAGAAGAGGAGUCCCGAGUACGAACCUUGGGGACCCUGGAGGGGGUUGUGGCACCAGUGGCUCUGAACAUGUUCAGUGUAUUACUCUUUAUCAGAAUAGGUUUUGUGGUUGGUCAGGCAGGCAUCCUAGAAUCGGUGUUACAGCUUGUUUUAGCUUAUUUUAUUUUGGUGAUGACGGUGCUGUCAAUCAGUGCUAUAUCAACCAAUGGAGCAGUUGAAGGGGGAGGAGCCUACUAUAUGAUAAGCCGUGCUUUGGGACCUGAGUUUGGGGGAAGCCUUGGUUUUAUAUUCUUUGUGGCCAAUCUUUUAUCUGUGAGUCUGUCUGUGUUUGGUCUAGUGGAAGCCAUGAUCGAGAAUUUUGGACCAGGCGGAACAUCGAUAGACCAUCCAUUUUUACAAGGUGACCAUGACUUCUGGUACAAGUAUCUGUACUGUUCAGUAGUUCUCCUGGUGUGUCUGGGUAUCUGUAUAGUCGGAGCUGACAUGUUCGCCAAAACAUCGCUGUUUAUAUUUUUGGUUGUUGUAAUUUGCCUCCUUUCUGUAUUUGUGAGUGUGUUUGCCAAAAGCUCAACAAAACCGAUAGAAUAUGCACAGCAGGCAGAGCACAAUCAUGGGAAAAUAAAUAGUUCUCAGCACUGUCACGUAGUUAAUGCCAGCGGCUUUGUACAAGACUCAGCAAACUACACUGGGCUAAGAGCCACCACUUUUCGUCAGAACCUAUUUUCACAUUAUGAGCGGGAUUACAGUUCUAUGAACAUGAUGACCUUCACCUCUGUAUUCUCUAUUCUGUUUUGCUGCGUGACUGGAAUUCUCACCGGAGCAAAUAUGUCAGGAGAAUUAAAAAACCCUAGUAAGGCAAUACCUCAGGGUACACUUGGUGCUCUGAUGUUGACAUUUACAACAUUCGUCAUCGAAAUAAUUCUGGUUGGAGGGUCGUGUGAUAGAUGUCUUUUGCUGAACAACUAUGUUUUUCUGCAAGAAAUCAACCUCUGGAAACCGUUUGUUCUGAUUGGAAUAUUUACCGUCACCUUAUCUGCUGCUCUGGGAAACCUCAUUGGAGCAUCAAGAAUUCUCCAGGCCCUGGCUAAUGACCAUCUCUUCUGGUGUGUUUUGAAUCCUGCAACCAUCACCACAAAGUCAGGGAAUCCUUACGUUGCAGUUCUAAUAUCAUGGUUUAUAAUACAAUUGAUCCUGCUUGUCGGAUCACUGAAUGCGAUCGCUCCCAUUACUUCAGUGUUCUUUUUGUUGUCCUAUGCUUCAGUGAAUUUGGCAUGUCUGUCCUUGGAACUAGCUGCAACACCCAACUUUAGACCCAGCUUUAAAUUCUUUUCGUGGCACACUUGUACAUUUGGUCUGAUUGGCUCUAUAGUAAUGUGAUUUCUGGUAAGUUUCGUGUACACCCCAGCCGCCAUUGUUGUGAUGCUUCUACUGAUUAUCAUCCUUUACUUCCGGUCACUUCCUGCACAGUGGGGCUCCAUCAGUCAGGCUCUUAUCUUCCAUCAGGUGAGAAAGUAUUUACUGAUGCUGGAUUCACGGAAGGACCAUGUAAAGUAUUGGCGUCUGCAGAUCUUACUCAUGGUGUCUAAUCCAAGACAGUGUUCAGAACUCAUCCACUUUAUCAAUGACAUCAAGAAAGGUGGACUGUUUGUAAUUGGUCAUGUCAAACUAGGAUCUUUAGAUUCGUAUGCUGAGGAUCCGAUUCUGGAAGAAAACCCAAAAUGGAUGGGUCUGAUUGACCACCUUAAAGUGAAAGCAUUUGUGGAGGUGACCUUAGCUAAUACUGUGUCAGAGGGCUUACAACACUUAUUAAGGUUGUCUGGAAUGGGAGGAAUGAAACCUAAUACUGUCUGCUUGGGGUUUUUUGAUGAUGCUAAACCAAAGGACAUGCUAAGCAUGAACAGUACAGGAAGGAAGCAAAGCUUUUUCAAACGCUUGGAAGAUAAAAAAGAUAACAUUGAAAAAUUGUUCGUGAAUAUCAGGAAUGAGGUUGAUUCAAAACAUAUUACUACUUCAGAAUAUGUCAAACUUAUUUCUGAUUCACUGAAAAUGCAGAAGAAUGUAUGCUUAUGUAGGCAUUUUGAUCAAUUUAGUAAGCAAUCUAUUGUACAAUCAAAAAAGCAACUUUUCAUUGAUGUCUGGCCAUUGAAUAUUUUAAGACCUGACACUGUUCACUUUUUUGACAACGCCAGCCUUUUCAUGCUACAACUGGCCUGUAUUUUAACCAUGGUACCCGACUGGAAAUCCAAAACAAGUCUCCGAGUCUUCUUGUGUAUAAAUUCACAGAAAGACAACGCCUUCCAAAUGCAGCAAAAACUAAACAGUUUUCUCCACCAGCUCAGAAUCAAAGCCUCAGUACAGAUUGUCACCCUGGAUCAUCUGGUACAUUACAUGCCCCAAAUGUCUGGGAAUAGCAAUGGAACAGUAAAAUUGACAGAGGAAUUUAACCCAGUCCCCGAGGAAUUCAUUCAUGCAAUAAACCAAAUUAUUCUUUCAUACUCCAGUACAACAGCAGUGAGUUUCCUGUACCUCCCUAUUCCUCCAGUGGAUACCAGGAAUUAUGAGACCUAUCUAACCAGCCUGAAAAUAAUGUCAGAAAAUCUCCCUCCCACUGUCUUUGUUCAUGGAUUACAUCCCGUUACCUCAACAACUUUAUGAUAUUAAAGAUUUACUUUGUAAAAUAUUUCCACAUCUUUAUAAAGUCAAUUUUAUCAAGCAUAACGCUUAAUAUUCGGAUUAAAGUAUAAAGUAUAGU